AGGAUUUCUCAAAAGUAUUUUGUGAGGUAUAUUCAAAGAUAAUCAAAGAGAACAGGUGUACUACUACAAAUAAAAGAAAAACACUUCACCUGUAAAGUAUGCUUUGAAGUAGUUGACUAUUUUCUUCUAAAGCAAAUAUGAAGAACAUAAAGUAGCUGGAAUUCAAAUUUACUUGUUUUUAUCAGAUUCUGACAUUUUUUAUGAGAACUCUCUGUCUACCCAAUCAGAACAAUCCUCAAAUUCAUCAAAGACACUGAGUGAAACAGACGUAGACGAAGACAGAAGAGCACCGCGCACCAGGUUUUCAAUAAUCAGUCCAAGAACAAUGCUGAAGAAACUAGAAAAAAUAGAGAUCAGUGCUGUGCAACCUGAGAGUUUAUAUGAAAAUAUAGAAAAUUACGAUACGAAUCCUUAUGUUGUAUCUCGAGAGCUUUUGGAUGAGUUGUCUAAGAUCUCAGAUGAUUCAGACACCAUUGAUCCUGAAAUACAGGACAUGCUUAAAUCUCCACCUGCAGAAACAUCAAAUAAAAUAAAAAAUAAACUUAAGGAGUUGGAAGAUGUUACGCUUAACAUUGCCGUAACUGGGAUGACUGGAGCAGGCAAGUCAUCUCUUGUCAAUUCCCUGAGAGGCAUUGGAAAUGAUGAUUUCAGAGCAGCUCCCACGGGAACAGUUGAGACCACUUUGAAACCAAUAAUGUACCCACAUCCCAUUAUACCUAACGUUAAGAUCUGGGACCUGCCUGGAAUUGGUAGUCCAAAAUUUAAAGCAAAGAAGUACCUGAAAGAUGUUAAGUUUGCCACAUAUGAUUUCUUUCUUAUAGUGACCUCUGAAAGAUUCAAGGAAAAUGAUAUAGAGCUAGCCAAAGCCAUCCAAAAAUGUAAGAAGCGGUUUUAUUUCAUUCGCACUAAAAUUGACAACGACCUGCGGGCUGAGGGACACAAAAGAGGCUUUAUUGAGCAGAUGGUGCUCGACAGAAUUCGAGAAGAUUGUGAAAAAAACCUGCAGAAAGUCGGAAAACCCAAAGUAUUUUUAAUAUCCUCAUUUCAACUGGAAAAAUUUGACUUUCAGAGGUUGGUCGACACUCUUGAGAAGGAACUUCCUAAAAACAAAAGAUUAAUUCUCAUUCAGUCUCUGCCAGUUCACUCUAUAGAAGCAUUGAUUAAAAAGAAAACUUAUUUCAAGAAAAGGAUUUGGCUCAAUGCAUUUGCGGCAGGUGUCGGGGCAAUUCCUCCCAUUCCAGGAUUGUCUGUGAUCUGUGACUAUGGCAUUAUGAAAAACUUCUUCAAACAAGUAUUUACAGGAUUUAGCUUAUCAGAUGAUGCACUGGAGUCCCUUUCAGAAAGGGUCAACCAACCAGUGAACGUUCUUAAAGCAGCCAAGACGUCACGUUUCAAAGAUGGAGUCAGUGAUGCCAUUUUGAUGGACAUGUUAUCUAAACCACACAUUGCUGUGGCAAAGACAAUCGGGACAGUAAUGGCUCUUCUGCCAGGGGGAGCGUUCCCAGCAGCAGGCAUUGCUGUUGCCAGUGUGCACUACCUGCUGAAUUUGGGACUAAAUGAAAUGGCAGAGGACACUAAAAAUGUUCUUAUUGCGGCAAAACUUGCUCACCAAGAGGAUCCUAGCAAUCUGGAACAUGCAGAUGCUGUCCUGGAGCCGGUGCAGAAGGUCCUUAACAAUCUGGAACAUGCUGUGAUCUGCUUAGUCUCUCUGGACACACAGGCCAGAAACUCAGAACUUGUUUCUUGGACCGGGCCGGAGACUCAGAACUGGGAUGCUCUGUUUCAGUCUCUCAUGACAGGGCCGGAGACUCAGAACAAAGAAUGUAUGAGAGUGAAUGGGGUUUGGAUGGAGGAUAAGAAAAAAUGCUGUGGACCAAUCAAAACGUCCUCUUCUUCUCAGUUUUGUGAAAAAUCUGGUAUAAUGGUCGAUUUUUCUGCUUCCAUGGAUCUCUCUAAAGCUUUGCAGACAAUAGGAGAACAAGACCCAAGUGAAGCUGCUACAAAGGCUAAAGAACAACUUGAUGCUCUUGAAAAUGUGGUUCUGAACAUUGCUGUGACUGGAGAAACAGGAACAGGCAAGUCUGCUUUCAUUAAUGCUUUUCGAGGUCUGAGUGAUGAUGAAGAUAUGUCUGCACCUACUGGAAUCACAGAAACCACAAAUGAUGUUACCAUGUACACCCAUCCCACAAAGUCAAAUGUGAAACUCUGGGACUUGCCGGGGAUUGGUGUGCCAAACCUCAAGGCAGACCAAUAUCUCAAUGAAGUCAAAUUUGAGAUUUAUGACUUAUUUAUUAUCAUUUCGUCCACAAGGUUUAAGGAAAAUGAUGUCUUUUUAGCCAAGGAGAUUAAAAAAAAGCAGAAGCACUUUUAUUUUGUCCGAAGCAAGAUUGACAAUGACAUUCACUCUGCGUCACACCGCAGAAACUUCAAUGAGGAUCAGGUGCUUUGCACAAUCAGAGAAAACUGCUGCAAAAACUUGAAGGAUGUUGGAAACCCAGAGGUCUUCUUAAUAUCCUCUUAUGACCUGGAGAAAUAUGACUUCCAAAAGCUGGUAGAUACCAUAGAGUCAGAGCUUUCAGAACAUAAGAGAUUUGCUCUUGUUCAGUGUGUGCCAGUUUGUUCACUCGCUAUGCUAGAGAAGAAGAAAAAAAUGAUGGAGAAGUAUGUGAUGGUUGCAGCAUUGGCCUCGGGCCUGGGUGGCCUUAUCCAUUCUUCACUGUAUAUGACUUUUGGCACUAAAGGACUUGCAGCUUUUCUCAGCAGUUGCCAUUACGCAUUUGGGUUGGAUGAGGAAUCACUCAUGAAGCUUUCAGAGAAAGUAAACAAACCUGUCUCACUGUUAAAAUCAAGAAUAAAGUCUCCCUUUGUUUUAGCACUGAGAGAUAGAUUGAGUGUUAUGCCUCAUCUCUCUAUGACAAAUCCAGUUACUAGCUUUGAGGACUUGCUUGAUCCUAGAUUUAUUUUGAAAAGGAGUCAAAAUGCUUAUCUGGCAUUUAACAAAACAUAUGCUGUCCUAAAUGAUGCUCUAAAUGAAAUGAUAGAAGAUAUGACGGAAGUUCUCAGAGUGGCAGGUUUGGAAUAGUAAAUGCAAACUGGUACGACAAAGAGAUGGACUACAGGUAUUAUUAUUUAGAAAGUAAGAACAAAAAAAUAUUCCACUCAAGGUCACAACAAACACUGAAUAAAAUGUAAAAAAUGGUUUUAAUCAGAAAGUUAUAGUGUUAUACACUAUUCAUAUACUAAUAUAAUGUUUAGUAUUGUGCUUCAUAUCUUACCUGUUUGUUACAUGUAAUGUAAUAAAUAAUGUAUGUUAAUACAAUUUGAUAACAUCUGCAUCUCUGUACUGUUUAAAGGUAUUUGGGAAUUAGCCUAUGUUGCUGGUUUGUGCAAGAAUUUUCUAAUUUUAUAGUUCAAUUAUUUAAUGGUAAAGUGGUUAAAUUGUCGCUGUACUGUAUUGACUUUUUAACGUUUUAAAAUGCACACAGUGGCUUCAGGCAACGACACUCUUCACAUUAACAUCUACUGAAUUUGUUUCUGUAUUCUGUAGAUUUUGUCUUUGUUUAUGUGGUAAAUUAUAUUAAUAAAUGAAGAGCUUAGACACAAAACCUGCUAAUGGUUUUUAAUGGUUUGAGAGCAGUAUUUGAUGAAC